GCCACCACCAUGUCCACGGGCUCCCUGAGCGAUGCAGAAGACCUUCCCGAGGGGGAGAUGCUGGAAUGCGACGGCAGCCUGAAGAUGGACAGCUGCUCCCCGACGCCUCGGCCGCUGCCGGCGCCUUCCGCUCCCCACCGCUGCCACGAGAGCAACGACGAGGGCUCAGUCGGAGGCGGCGAUCGGGUCUCCCCAGCCAAGGGCCGAGGCGGCGCCCCCUCGUCGGGCAAGCGGAAGAAGGCGCCGGGCAAGAAGAGCCCGCUGGGCGGCGUCGGCGUGCUGGGCCCCGAGGGCAAGCAGGUCCAGAGGAACGCGGCCAACGCCCGCGAGCGCGCCCGCAUGCGGGUGCUGAGCAAAGCCUUCUCCCGCCUCAAGACCACCUUGCCUUGGGUGCCGCCGGACACCAAGCUCUCCAAGCUGGACACGCUGCGCCUGGCCUCCAGCUACAUCGCGCACCUCCGGCAGAUCCUGGCCAGCGACAAGUACGAGAAUGGAUACAUCCACCCCGUCAACCUGACUUGGCCCUUUAUGGUUGCUGGCAAACCGGAGAACGAGCUGAAAGAAACAGGGAGCACCACUCGGUUGUGUGGCCCUACAGCAUCCUGACCCAAGAUGUCCAAGCCUGGGAACAGCAACCUUGUUUGCAUGCAGGGCUUUCUGCCUGUGCAUGCAAGUAUGUGGGCUUACUCGUGUGCAGGACUGGCGGUGGUGAGAAAUGAAGAAGCCGACCAGAUCGCUUCCCCGUGAGGAAUAAAAACACAAACUAAAUCUGAAGAGACCAAAUGCACCAUGCCAAAGGAAGAAGGGGGAAAAUCCUACAGUGCACGUAUUUAACUUUAUUAACUUGUAUAUAUUUGACUAUCCUGCAACAACACCUUGCUGGUUCAAGGGCUGUUUUCUGGAUUCCUCCUCCUAGACUUUGCCACUGUCUGUUUUUGUGUGCCCACCCCCUUUCUUGUGAAAGACUGCGAUUCCUAGAAUCAAUUAUUUCGAUAAUCACAUCUCUCUCAAAGAAUUCACAUUAAAGAUAUUCUAUGGAUAUAUUUUCUUCA